AUGCCUGCUUCUCUGGACUCUUCCCGGCCCAUCAUGGCCCCUUCUGUAAGUAAUGACCGCUCGGAUCUUCUCUUUUUUCAUCCUCUCCUUUGUCCAUCCACUUGGCUUGGAGCCCCCCUGGUCAAGUUCCGUACAGGACCGUCUAGUUCCGUCUCUAGUCUCGCCUGUUCUGCCGUCCGUCUGCCCACUUCGAUGGAUGAUCGGUGCUGGCUGGAGAAUGCAAGAGACGAAACCGAAACCACUGAAAUGUGA